CAGGCUACACCCACGACACUGGUACUUAAGCUGGCUCUCCCCCCUUCCAUCCUUUUCAUCAGCCUGCUACAAGCAACUCAACAAAACACGACGCCUUUCCAAAGGAAACCAGUAGAUUGUUGGACACAACAGAGUGGACAUCCACUUGUGAAGAACCAUGUCCGUGGAGACUUUAGCCACAUUCUGCCUUUUUCUACUCAUAAUCUCAUCGACAGUGGCCCAGGAUUGCCCCCAACCUUGUGCUUGCCCUGCAGACCCUCCUCUCUGCCCAGUAGGAACCAGCUUGGUGCUGGAUGGAUGUGGUUGCUGUAAAGUGUGUGCCAGGCAGUUUGGCGAGCCCUGCACCUCGUUGGAGCCCUGUGACCACCACAAGGAACUCUACUGUGACUACGCACUGCUGAGCGACACUGACACUGGCAUCUGCAUGGCUCAAGAUGGUCAGCCAUGUGAUCUGGGUGGCGUCACCUACCACAGUGGAGAGUCCUUCCAACCCAGCUGCAAACACCAAUGCGUAUGCAUGAACGGCGAGAUUGGUUGCGUGGCCACAUGUCCCAGUAAAGUCCGGGUGCCCUCCCCUGAUUGUCCAUACCCUCGCUCCAUCCAAAUUCCCGGAAAGUGCUGUGAAGAGUGGGUGUGUGACCAUACGCCACAAGACUACCACUACCAGUCAUUGAUGGGCGAGCCUUCUCAGGUCCAUCCUCUACCCUCCUUACAACCCAUCUCAGUGUCCCUUCCUGCGCUAGAAAGGGAGAGUCCCAGAGAUAACUGUAUAGUCCAAACAACGGCGUGGAGUGAGUGCUCUGCCACAUGCGGCAUGGGGGUAUCAUCCCGCAUCACCAACGAUAACCAUCGCUGUCAGCUGGAAAGACAGACCAGAAUAUGUAUGAUCCGAACCUGCAACGGCCAGCAGGAGAAAGAAAUUAAGAGGGGGAAAAAAUGCGUCCGCACACCGAAGACACAAACAGGGAUGCGGUUCGAACUGUCAGGAUGCUACACCACCAGAAUAUACAAACCAAAGUUCUGCGGAGUUUGUACGGACAACCGAUGCUGCUCACCACACAUCACCAUCACUGCCGAGGUGACGUUCCAAUGCCCGGAGGGAGACGUCUUUAAGAAAAAAAUGAUGUUCAUAAAGACUUGCUCCUGCCACUAUGACUGCCCACGACCCAACGACAUCUUUCUCGCGUCCAACACGCGGAGGAUGAUCGGAGACUACGACCACAGUAUGUGAUACUAGUCCUGAAAAGCUUUUGCACUCACAUUUCAACAUGACUCACCUAAAAUGUAAUCUUAAAGUAGCAUAAAUCAUAAUAAUUCAUUUGAGAUGAUACUAUAAAAAGUACAGUAUUCAACAGAGGACAAUACAGCUGGAAGACCUUUUUAUGACACAGAUUGUAGUGUGGAAGGCAGGAGCUAAAUAGAUGAAAUGGGUUAGCACUGAAUUUUAAACCCCCCGAAAUCUUAAUUCUCUGAAUACAUUUUGGACAAUUGUUUGCCUCAACUUUGGGCUGAUGCCCUUUCCUGUAUUUUUAGUGCACAAAGUAUGUAAAAGGCAUGCUUUUAAUGAGUUGUAUGUAUGCCUCGACCCUUGCAUAUACAUCGUAUUUUUCAGAGUAUAAGUCGCACCUGCCGAAAAUGCAUAACAAAGAAAGAAAAAAACAUAUAAGUCGCACUGGAGUAUGAGUCGCAUUUUUUGGGGAAAUGUAUUUGAUAAAAUCCAACACCAAGAAUAGACGUUUGAAAGGCAAUUUAAAAUAAAUAAAGAAUAGUCAACAACAGGCUGAAUAAGUGUACGUUAUAUGACGCAUAAAUAACCAACUGAGAAGGUGCCUGGUAUGUUAACAUAACAUGUUAUGGUAAGAGUCAUUCAAAUAACUAUAACAUAUAUUUGAUCAUGCUAAACGUUUACCAAACAAUCUGUCACUCCUAAGCACUAAAUCCCAUUAAAUCUUAUAUGUCUAGUCUCUUACCUAAAUGAGCUAAAUAAUAUUAUUUGAUAUUUUAUGGUAAUGUGUUAAUAAUUUCACACAUAAGUCGCUCCUGAGUAUAAGUCGCACCCCCGGCAAAACUAUGAAAAAAACUGCGAUUUAUAGUCCGAAAAAUACAGUAGUCAGUCAUGAUGUUUUGUCAGAAGAAUCGGGAUUCUUACUUAUUUGAGCUCCUUAAAAAAGGGUAGAAAGGCGCUAUACAAGCACAACCCAUUUACCAUUUAUUUUGAUUCGGAACCUACUCACCAUUAUAAAAGGAUGUUUUUUUUUAGGUUAUCUUUGGGCUUCAUCGCUGUGCUUAUACUGUAUGUCAGCAGCCAAAAAGAGCUUUUCCAUAAGGUUUUAUUGUCAUUCAUACACCAAGUAAUAUAUUGCGAGGAUCUCUGUAUAACGGCACACAUAAGUCGCUCCCGAGUAUAAGUCGCACUCCUAGCCAAACUAUGAAAAAAACUGCAACUUAUAGUCCAAAAAAUAUGGUGUAUAUAUAUAUAUAU